AUGUCACUAUUGUCACAUCGUCAAAGAGACGAGCUUCAUAAAGCUAUCCUUGAUUAUCUUUAUGCAAAUGGUUUUGCCGAAUCAUUCAAUUUGUUGAAAAUUGAAGCACAACAAAAUGAUUUCAAUUCUGAUCCCAAACAAAAAUAUGCUGGAUUAUUGGAAAAAAAAUGGACUUCGGUCAUUCGGUUACAAAAAAAGAUUAUGGAUUUGGAAAACAAGAUUACACAAAUGACUGAAGAACUAAACAAUGCACCUUUAAGAAAAACCAAUAAUGCAGUUGAUUGGGUACCACGAGCACCAGAAAAAUAUUCACUAACAGGACAUAGGAAUCCAAUUACACGUAUUACAUUUCAUCCUGUGUUUUCUGUAUUGGCAUCUGCUUCUGAGGAUACUACUAUAAAAAUUUGGGAUUACGAAACUGGUGAAUUUGAACGAACUCUCAAAAGUCACACUAAAGCAGUUCAAGAUAUAACAUUUGAUCCUAAAGGCAACCAUUUGGUAUCUUGUUCUGCUGAUUUAACAAUAAAAGUGUGGGAUUUGCAAAAUGAUUAUAAAUCCAUAUGUAUAUCAUAUAGAUAUUGUAUAAAAACAUAUACCGGUCAUUUGGAAUGGGUGAGAAUGGUAUCACCAAGUGAAGAUGGAAAAUGGAUCAUAACUAGUUCAAAUGAUCAGACUUCACGUUUAUGGGAAGUGCAGAGUGGAGAUUGUAAAAUGGAUUUUAGGGGACAUGAUCAUGUAGUAGAAUGUGCAAUCUUUGCGCCUAUUGCUUCAUAUCCUUUAGUAAGAGAAUUGAUAGGUGUAGAUAAAGAUCCCAAAGGAAAUAAAGAUCAACCAAUUCCUGGUCAAUAUAUUGUAACCGGUUCAAGGGAUAAGACAAUUAAAUUGUGGGAUUCGACAGGUCAAUGCUUGAGAACUUUUGUGGGACAUGAUAAUUGGGUUCGUGGACUUGCAUUCCAUCCUAGUGGAAAAUUUCUUCUUAGUGUAUCAGAUGAUAAGACUUUAAAGAUAUGGGAUGUUAAAACUGGCCGAUGCACCAAAACUUUAGAAGCUCAUGCACACUUUGUGACAUGUAUUGCAUUUAACACUGGUACUCCUGUUGUUGCUACAGGAUCUGUAGAUCAAACUGUGAAGAUUUGGGCGCCAUAUAGAUGA